UUCUUUAUGGCUAGUUUCGGUAAUGUUUGUGUAAAUAUUGUAUUGCGUCUCUCGUCUUUUUAGGGUUCCCCAUCCAUGCUCUUUCUCUCUCUCUCUCUGUCUCGCUCUCAUACUCAAAACCAUUACCGCAAAAAUCCGUAGAAUUAUCUACUGAUCUCGAGCUCAAUAGGUUUCUUGGUUCUAUUAUUCAUAAAGAAUAAAAUUUUUGUAUUUGAGGAUAAUGGGUAUUACAGUAAGGGAGAAAAUCAUCAGAAACAGUAGAAAACAUCGACCGAGUUCAGGUAUAGCAAUGAAGGCCAAUGAAACCAUUACAAGUGACAAAAAACCCUCAAAUUUAUUGCAUCCUUCCCUUUUAAAUUCCUCAAAUUCAUCUGAAAUGGGUUUUCAAAAUUCCUCAAGUUUAUCAGAAAUGGGUCUUCAAAAUUCCUCGAAUUUUUCAGAAUUGGGUCUUCUGUGCUCCUCAAAUUUAUCAGAAUCGAGUUUGCAACAAUCCUCAUUUCCAUUGGACAUGGGCCUGCCCAAACUGUUUAAUUACACUGAUAUUGGAGAUGGGAAUGAAAGAAAGCAUGAGUUUAGUGAAAUGGAUGAGAGCGACUGGGGUUACUGCACUGAGAGUCAAUUAGAAGACCUAUUACUGAAAAAUCUGGAGUUCCUCUACAAUGAAGCUCUCUGCAAGCUUGUUUCUUUAGGAUAUGAUGAAGAAACUGCUUUGAAAGCAGUUCUCCAGAAAGGCCAUUGCUAUGGAAGCUCGGAUGUGCUAUCGAAUAUCCUUCAAAACACUCUAUCGUAUUUGAACAGUAAUGGAACCACUGAUGAAUCUGAACUGGUUUUUGCGGAUUUAAAGCAAUUAGAGGAGUACUCUUUAGCAGGCAUGGUGUGCUUGCUUCAACAGGUCCGACCCCAAUUAAGCAAGGGAGAUGCAAUGUGGUGCUUACUCAUGAGUGAUCUCCAUGUGGGUCGUGCAAGCACUCUUGACAUACCAUGUUUGCCUCCCCCUUGUACCAAUAGGGGCACUCUCGAACCUGAAGGUAAUACUUCAGGCCCUGAAAAUGGGGACUUGAUGCAAUUACCAAUGAAUCCAUCUUCAUCAGUCGGUUCCCAAUCUCAGACUUGUGAUACCCAUAAUUUGGAUUCCCCUACAGCUCCUUUACCAAUGAACCCAUCUUCCUCCCUUGGUUCGCAUUCUCAAACAACCAGCAAUACCCAACAGCCUGAUUCCCUUCCAACUCCUUCUAAUGGAAUUAUGAGUAGUUCAGCUCCACGUAAUUCAACUUUUAAACGUACUGCUCUUACUGAAUUCCCACUAAGUUUUUGCAUAUCACCUCAUAUGAAGCUUGUAUUGAAAAGGACCAUGGCAAGUUACAAUCAUCGAGGUUUAGGAGAUUUAAAGUUGGGAGCUCAUGCUUCCUCGAAUCCGUCGCCAAAUUGCCAGCAUUCUCCUCUUGUUUGUUUAAACAAGAAAGUACAGACAUGGGUGGCUUCUGGCAAGGAGAAUUCUAUCCCUAUGAAGAAUUUGGAUAAUGAUUUACCAGACGCAAAUGACCAAUCAAGGGCUAAUUCGUUCUCAGAUAUGGUGAAUUACCUGUUGGGUAGCUUAGAGAACAUGAAUUUAGAUGAGAAAUUAGAAAAUGGAUCAGAUGACCCCAGAAAUGAGAUGUUAUUGAAGUUGAUGGAUCAGAUAAGAGAUUUGGAGGGGCAGCUUAAAGAGAGGAUUGAUUGGGCUCAUCAGAAAGCAAUGCAAGCUGCGAGAAAGCUGAGCAAUGAUCUCACAGAGCUUAAAACCCUGAGAAUCGAGAAGGAUGAGACUUUGCUUCUUAAGAAAGGACAAAAGCAGGCUCUCGAGGACACAACCAUGAAGAGGCUCUCAGACCUCGAAAAUGCCCUGAGGAAAGCAAGCGCUCAGGUUGAUCGAGCAAAUGCGGCUGUGAGGAAAUUAGAAACUGAGAAUGCAGAGAUAAGGGCAGAAAUGGAGGCAUCAAAAUUAAGUGCAGCGGAGUCAGUUUCUACUUGUUUAGAGGUUGCAAAGAGAGAAAAGAAGUGUCUUAAGAGGCUGUUGGCAUGGGAGAAACAAAAGACUAAGUUGCAGGAAGAGGUUGCCGCAGAAAAACAGAAGAUCAUACAGUUGCAGCAGCAGUUGUCUCUCACGAAGGAGUUACAUAAAGAAACUGAGAUAAAAUGGAAGCUGGACAUGAAGGCCAGAGAAGAAGCAAUUGCACAGGCUGAGGAGGUGAGAAGGGCCAAGGAAGCGGCUGAGGUUUCCAUCAAAAGAAGGCAAGAGGCUUUGCGUCGUAAGAUAGAGAUAGACUUUCAACGACACAAGGAUGACAUCCAAAGAUUGGAACAAGAACAUUCACGCCUCAAAUCAUAUGCUGAAUCUGCUAAGAUGAAUGGCUCCAAAAACUCUUCUGAUAGAGAUGGCACAAAGGCAUGGAAAGAAACAGACAAUCAGAUACUUCAAGAACUCUGGGAGCUUCAAGAAUCGUCAAAAGGGGAAGUGGGUCGCGAGAGGAAAUGCCUAAUUUGCAUGAGAGACAAAGUCUCAGUUGUUUUCUUGCCAUGUGCCCAUCAAAUCUUGUGUGCGGAUUGCAGUGAAUCACAUGAGAAACAGGCCAAGAAGAGUUGCCCUUCUUGUGGUGUCCUGAUUGAUCAGAGGAUCCGUGUCUUUGGUGUAACCUCAUAGGCACCCUAAAACCUAUAGUUGUGUGGGUAUCUCUAUCCUUUCUUUUGCUCCUGAUAUGGGUGGUGUUGGUGAAGGAAAUGCUAUAAUAAAUUGGCUGAAGAGAACAUGCAUUUAUACAAUCCUGUGAAGUUGCUCUGUUAUAUACUUUGGGCUUUAUGCCAUUCAUAACAAGAAAAGAAAAAUAUAUGAUUGUCACCUCU